GCCGGAUGUCAGGCUGCGCUUUGCGGCUGGGCUGCCCCUGAGAAGCGGCCCCGGAGACCCCGCUCUCUCUUUUGCUGCUGCUGCUGUCGCUGGCGGAAGGAGGAGCCAUGCCGGCCAAGGGGCCCCUGCAGAGCGUCCAGGUCUUCGGGCGGAAGAAAACAGCUACUGCUGUUGCUCACUGCAAGAGAGGAAAUGGUCUCAUUAAAGUGAAUGGAAGACCCCUGGAAAUGAUAGAGCCUAGAACCCUGCAGUACAAAUUGCUUGAACCUGUUCUUCUCCUGGGCAAGGAACGCUUUGCUGGUGUUGACAUCAGAGUCCGUGUUAAGGGUGGCGGCCAUGUAGCACAAAUCUACGCAAUCCGUCAAUCUAUUUCCAAAGCAUUGGUGGCUUAUUAUCAGAAGUAUGUUGAUGAAGCUUCCAAGAAGGAAAUCAAGGACAUCUUAAUCCAGUAUGAUAGGACCUUACUGGUUGCAGAUCCUCGUCGUUGCGAGUCCAAGAAGUUUGGUGGACCUGGUGCCCGUGCACGCUACCAGAAGUCUUACCGUUAAAAAUUAUUCUUUACCCUUGUAUCUUGCAAUAAAUAUGAGGAAAAGUUAAUAAAUAUUUCAAGUUUCUAAA